CUUUGCUCUACUAGUACUCGAACACAUACAUUGCGUUCAGUCUAAAAAACACUUAACAAAGUCGGGGUUUUGAGGACCUAUUUUCUCUAUAAAUUAUCACAGCCUGAAUUUGUUUAACAACUUGCAACCAUGAGCUCGGCAUUAUCGUUUAUGAAAUAUAUCAUUUUCACCUUUAACUUCAUACUGUGGUGUUUUGGAGCCGCCCUGUUUGGAUUAGGUAUAUGGAUCCGAACAGAUGAAGACUUCUGGGAAUACGAAAAUAAUCUUCCUGUACAAAAUUACUACCAAGCAACAUACAUUGUUAUUGCUGUUGGAGCAAUUCUUCUCAUCAUUGGAUUUAUUGGAUGUUGCGGAGCUGCAACAGAUAGUCUUUGUCUGUUAUUAACGUAUUUCUUCGUUAUGUUAGUAAUGGUGGUUAUGGAACUGGCUGCUGCUGGACUGGUGUGGAAAGCUGCUAAUGGUGAUAAGCUUCAAAAGUUCUUGACCGAACAGAUUGAAAUAGAGAUGGAGAAACAACAGUAUGACGAGAAUGCUAGACGUUUCAUGGACUUAAUGCAGAUUCACCUGGAAUGUUGCGGCGCUACCUCUAUGCUGGACUACAGAGAGAAAGGAUGGACCAUUCCUCAGUCAUGUAGUGACGAUCGUUCCAACAACGUGUUUAUCAGAGGGUGCGGUGAAAACCUUCGUCGAUAUCUGGCUUCUAAGGGUGGUAUUCUAGGCGGUAUGGCGAUAGGCCUAACACUCAUUCAGAUCGCCUGUCUUCUGUUCGCUCUUUGUCUGUUCUUUGCCAUUAAACGAGAUCAAGAGGGAAUUUGAAAGCACCUUUGCAAAUAAAGAUACGGAUUCAAGUCAGGGUAAACUACAAAUGUCUACUUACUUGGCUCAAAUAUUGUAUCAACACCAUGAACACGAACAUAGCAUAAGAAUGUAAGCUUUGAAUAUGAUUACUACCUAGAACUCUUAUGAACAGCUAGCUGACUAAAUACGAUUUUAAAAGAUAAAUGAUGACUGUUCUGGCUCCUAAUUAAUCGGUCAUUUGUUAUCAGAAAUGUAUACAAUGAAAUAUAUUACUUAUUUUGGUCAACAUUAUGCCACACUGACCACAGUUUAGAUUUUUACUUUGAAAAUGACAUAUAAAAUGACAUUCUUUUUAUUUUAAUAAAGAAGAAAGCUUCUAAUACAACAAUAUUACAUAUAAACAUUAUAAUUUAAACAUCUUCAAAACACACGAUUAUAAAAAACAACAUUGAGAUUUUUCCUCGAUAAGCUUUUAAUCCAUUUCAUGUAUGCUAUUUCCUAAAACGGGAAACUUUGGAGAAAAUAAUAUUAAAAAAAUAAAAACAAAUCAGUUAACUGUUUAGAAACAGAUUACAAAUACGACACAACCAUAAACCAUUUAUAAUACUUCAAAAUAAUGUUCAAGUUUGAUUCGUUUAUUAACAAAUAGUUAUAUAAUUUUCCUCUCUGUCGAAGUUUGGUGAGUUAGUUUGUGUAAAAUUGUUAGUAUGUUAUAAUUUUGUGAUUUAUCACGAGAUUUCUUGUAUUAAAUAAAACUUCCAAUAAGUAGCUGAAUGAUUUUUUCUAA